CAUCAGCUGCUACUGCGGGAUUAAUGUUUCCCCAGUGUACAUCUGACAGCAGAUUUGGUCUGUGGUUAGAUGUUCGUUUGCGUAGAUAUGGACAUUGGCAUUUCUCUUUACGGAUGUCUUAUCAUAAGAUAGUGCACAAUUCGAACAACGAAAGAUACGACUGUGGCAGGAUAAGAUUAGUACUUUAUCUCUUCGACAGUAAGAGCAUUUUAAAAGCUAGAAGCUGAUUUGUAGAUCAUUUAGCGGACAGUGGUGAAUUCGUAUGCGCAUUGAUUACUAUUGUUUCUCUGUUUUAUAAGUCCUAAAAAUUAAGCGUAAAUAUGCCGCUGUUCAAACCAAAAAAUCCAAACAAGAAAGGACAUUCAGUGGAAAGUAAUAAUGAGAAUCAGAACGAAAGUGCUUUAGCUCAACAAAACGGAAACAGAGCGACCCAGAAGCCGGCGGAUCCCAACGUUGGGAGACCCAAACUUGUGUUCCAUUGUCAGCAAGCCCAGGGAAGUCCUACCGGACUUAUUUCUGGUUUUUCUAACGUCAGGGAGCUCUACCAGAAGAUUGCGGAGUGCUAUGAAUUCCCAGUCGAAGAUAUCCUGUUUUGCACACUGAAUACCCACAAAGUAGACAUGUCGAAGUUACUUGGGGGCCAGAUUGGUUUGGACGAUUUCAUAUUUGUACAUAGAAAAGGAAGACCUAAAGAAAUAGAAAUCACAAAGACAGAAGAUGCACUGGGCCUAACAAUUACUGAUAAUGGAGCUGGUUAUGCAUUUAUAAAGAGAAUCAAGGAAGGCAGUAUUAUUGAUGGCAUAAAUGUGAUACAGGUUGGUGAUCACAUUGAGAAGAUAAAUAAUGAGAAUCUGGUUGGUCGAAGACAUUUUGAAGUGGCAAAGAUGCUAAAAGAAAUUCCAAAGGACACAACAUUUACACUAAGACUUGUUGAGCCAUUGAAGGAUGGAUUCACUCAUGUCGGACCACAUGCCGAUCGUCGGAAGAACAAGAAACCUGCAUUUGGCUCUGGGAAAGAAACAAUAAGGUUCAGUGCGAAUGGACCAGCCCAGAUUCAGCCAGAGCUUGAUGAUGUAGCUAAAGUAGCUAUUGACAAAAUCAACAGUCUACUUGAUUCAUUUAUGGGCAUAAAUGAUGCUGAACUUGCUACUCUGAUAUGGGAACAAGCUCAAGGAAAAGCCAACAGUAUGGAUUUUGCUGAAGCAGUUGACAACUCAGAACUUGAAGAAUUUGGGUUUUCUGAUGAUUUUAUCAUUGAGCUUUGGGGCGCAAUUACUGAUGCACGUUCUGGUCGCCUGAACUGAACAGUAAAAACUAACUCUUUAUAUGACUGAACAAAAAAUUUCCAUCAAUGAAGUCAAAAGUAGCAAAUGGAAAGCAGAAAUCAAAAUAACAAAGCAACUGUGGUAAUAGCAUUUCUGCCGUUUUAUCAGUGCAGACAAAACCAGUGGUUUCCUCUUUUAUUACAACUAUCUUUGCCAGCUGAUUGUAUAAAAACUGAUUCCUAUGCCUUGUUCAUUUUACUCUCAUUCAGUGCAGUCAUAUAUGCUCAUCAUGUAAAGUAUGCUACUGCAGGUCUAAGAAAUAAAUUUUACACUGCACAACUUUCUAUUAAAUUUUAUUUUGAUAUGAAAGUAUCUUUCUGAAGGUGUGUAAUGUAUUUUCUUUCAAUAUUUGUAAUAUUGUUGGUUGUACUGUACAUUAAUUCAAUGCCUUGAAUUUUUCACAUGGUAUUUAUUCUUUAAUGUAAUGCACACAUGUACAUAAAAUAUACCACAUGAAUACAUUCAAAUGUGAAACAUAACUGUGUGCUUUCUU